AGCAUCGCCAAGACGCGUGGCGUUCUCGACGCGCUGACUGUGAUCGAUCCCAGUCAAGUGGAGCAAGGAACGAAAUGGGUCAAACGGGAGAUACGGCAACGUUACGCAGUGGCGGGGAUUGUCUAUUCUAAGGCAAAGUGGCGCGGCUUUUGGGGAUAUUUUGAUCGGACGUGGGUCGAGCAGUAUGGUGUGGGUGUGUGGAACGUCUUCGGGCUGAGCGACGAGCUCAUCGCUCGCACAACCAACCCCGUAGAGCGCUAUAGCAGAGAGUUAAACGGCCGUUUUCCCAAGUCCCAUCCAAGCAUGACGACGUUUGUGGGCGUCAUCAAGACGUUGUCUGACGAGUAUGUUCGCCGGCUCGCUGAUGUUCCGCGCGGACGU